AUUUGAAGCCUUGAAAGAUAUAUAACGGCCCAGUUAGACUUGACUUAGGGCUUCUUUGUUUUCAAGUUAAAAAGGUUCGCAUCUUCAUCUUCUCACCUUUGCCUCGCGUACGCAGCCGCAAAUCGGACGACUUCAAGAUGCCGUCGCACAAGUCGUUCAUGAUCAAGAAGAAGCUUGCGAAGAAGAUGAGACAGAACAGGCCUAUUCCUCACUGGAUUCGCCUCCGUACCGACAACACCAUCAGGUACAAUGCCAAGCGCAGGCACUGGCGUAGAACCAAGCUCGGAUUCUAGAUGAAUGCGAUAAUCAAGAUUGUUCUUUUCUUUUGGGAUUAGUCUCAAGUUUUCUGAUUCUAAGUGAUAUGACUUUUGUCAGAGAUUUAUGUAAGACUUAUAGCACUCUUUUGAGUGAUGUUACCAAAUAUCCUAUGGCAAGAGUUACUUCAUGUCA